AUGUCUGGCGUUUAUUCCAAGGACGACGUUGCGUCGCAUAGCAAGGGGGAUAGCGUGUGGAUUAUCAUCGACGGAGACGUCUACGAUGUGUCUAAGUUUCUCGAUGACCACCCAGUCUUGCAGCGUAUGGGAGGAAAGGAUGCUUCAAAGCAGUUCUGGAAGUACCACAAUGCCGGCGUGUUGAAGAAGUACCAGCCAAAGCUGAAGAUUGGCUCCCUCGACUCUAAGAAAGCCGAAGCUGCCCCGGCACCAGCACCAGCUCCUACCCCGGCUCCAAAGAAGGAGGCCUCAAAGCCCCAGGAACAAUCCUCGCCUGUCCCAGCGGCAGAGGCCUUGGACCCCUAUGGAGAGCUUAUUCCUUUCUCGGACCCGUCGUGGUACCACGGAUAUUAUUCUCCCUUCUACAACGAAUCACACGCUGCCCUACGUGACGAGGUGCGACAGUGGGUAGAGACCGAGAUCGAGCCUUACUGCCACGAGUGGGAUGAGGCCAAGGCAGUUCCCGAGAGCAUUUACAAGCAAAUGGGCGAGAGAGGUUACCUUGCUGGUCUGCUUGGCCUAUCAUACAACAAAGAUCUAGUCAAGAACCAGGUUAAGAGUGUUUCCCCCGAAAAGUGGGAUCUCUUCCACGAACUGAUUGUCACCGACGAGCUUUCUCGUGCAGGCAGCGGAGGUAUCGUCUGGAACCUCAUCGGUGGAUUUGGCAUUGGCUGUCCACCGGUCGUCAAGUACGGAUCCAAGGAGCUUGUUGAGCGUAUUGUUCCAGGUAUCCUGGCUGGUGACAAACGUAUCUGUCUAGCCAUAACCGAACCUGAUGCCGGAAGUGAUGUCUCCAACUUGUCCUGUGAAGCCAAGCUCACCCCUGAUGGAAAGCAUUAUAUCGUCAAUGGUGAGAAGAAGUGGAUCACCAACGGUAUCAUGAGUGACUACUUCACCACCGCUGUGCGAACCGGAGGCCCUGGCAUGGGUGGUGUCAGUGUUCUCCUGAUCGAGCGCUCCGCCGGAGGUGUGAGCACACGUAAGAUGGACUGCCAGGGUGUCUGGAGUAGCGGUACCACUUACGUUACCUUUGAAGAUGUCAAGGUUCCUGUUGGCAAUUUGAUUGGAAAGGAGAAUAAGGGCUUCAAAGUCAUCAUGACCAACUUCAACCAUGAACGUAUGGGUAUCAUCAUCCAGUGUCUGCGCUUCUCCCGAGUCUGCUACGAGGAGUCCGUCAAAUACGCCCACAAGCGCCGCACAUUUGGCAAACGACUCAUCGACCAUCCAGUCAUCCGUAUGAAGCUCGCCCAUAUGGCUCGCCAGAUCGAAGCCAGCUUCAACUGGCUCGAGAACCUCGUCUUCCAGUGUCAAAAUAUGGAUGAAGACGCCGCGGCCCUUCGCCUAGGCGGAGCCAUCGCUGGUCUCAAAGCGCAGUCAACCACCACCUUCGAGUUCUGCGCCCGCGAGGCCAGUCAGAUCUUCGGAGGUCUCAGCUACUCUCGUGGUGGACAGGGUGGUAAGAUCGAACGGCUCUACCGUGAUGUCAGAGCCUAUGCUAUUCCCGGAGGCAGCGAGGAGAUCAUGCUUGAUCUGAGUAUGAGACAGUCCCUGAAGGUGCAUGAGAUCUUUGGUAUGAAGCUAUAA